GAGGAGGAGGAGGAGGAGGGAUGGGCCGGGAGCCCCGGGCCCCCCUCGCCCCUGCCGCCGCCCCCCUGGCCGGCCCCCCGGAGUGCUGAGCCCCCCGAGCGAGGCCAGCCCCACCACGCAUGGAGUCCGGCGGCCAGCGGGAUGGGGAGCCCGGGCCGGGGGCGGCGCGCGCGCUGGACGUCGACCCCGAUUUCGAGCCCCAGAGCCGGCCCCGCUCGUGCACAUGGCCCCUUCCCCGGCCCGAACCCGCGACUCUGGGACCCGAGGGGCAGCCUGAACCGGGGCCGCCGCUGCCGCCGCUGCUGCUGCUGCCGCCGCCGCCACCGCCGCGGCCGCCGCUGCCCGAAGCUGGGGGGGGGCCCGGAGCCGCCGGCCGCCUAGGGGCCCCCGUCGGGGCCGCCGCCGCCGCCGCCGUCGCCGCUGCCGCCGCCGCCACGGGGCCCCGCAAGGGUGGCUCCCGCCGGAACGCCUGGGGGAACCAGUCUUACGCCGAGCUCAUUAGCCAGGCCAUCGAGAGCGCCCCCGAGAAGCGGCUGACACUGGCCCAGAUCUACGAGUGGAUGGUCCGCUCCGUGCCUUACUUCAAGGACAAGGGCGACAGCAACAGCUCCGCCGGAUGGAAGAAUUCUAUCCGACACAACCUCUCCCUGCAUAGCAAGUUCAUCAAGGUCCAUAACGAGGCCACAGGCAAGAGCUCUUGGUGGAUGUUGAACCCGGAGGGCGGCAGGAGUGGGAAGGCCCCACGCCGGAGGGCAGCCUCCAUGGACAACAGCAGCAAGCUGACUCGCGGCCGGGUCAAGGCCUCCAAGAAGAAGACGGCAGCAUUACCUGAGGGGGCCGAGGGCCCCGCGCCCACAAGCCCAGGGAGCUUCUACCCAAAAUGGCCAGGUAGCCCUAGUCCACGAAGCCCCGAUGACUCGGAGGUGUGGACGGCCUUCCGCCCACGCAGCAGCUCCAAUGCCAGCAUGGCUAGUGCCCGACUGUCCCCCAUGGGGACAGGGCUGGGACCAGAGCCUGAAGGGGGGGUGGCUGAGGAGGAGGUGCUGGCCUCCCUCACUUAUCCAGGCAAUGUUCCUCCAACAGUCAAUGAGGAGCUUGAGCUACUGGAUGGGCUCAAUCUCACCACCCCAAGGCCCCUUUUGCCCCAGGGUGCUGCCUCGGGCUUCUCGGGCCCCCCAGCUGCCUUUACCGGCCCCCUGUUUGGCCCUUCGGAGGGGGCUCUGCCCCCUGGGGAAGGGCGCUUCUCCAGCUCCCAGACUCUGGAGGCCCUGCUCACCUCUGACUCCCCCCCCUCCACCGAUAUCCUUAUGACCCAAGUGGACCCCAUCCUGCCCCAACCCUCAACCCUCCUUCUGCCUGGGGGGCUGCCUGCUUCCAGCCCACUGGCCCCAGGAGUCAGCCUGGGCCCUAAGCCCUUGGAAAGCCAAGGCCCCGGCCCUCUGCCUCCGGCCCUCGCCCUGAUGGCCCCACCUGUGGGCAUGGAAAGCACUCCAGCCCCUAAGGCCCCAGAGCCUGCUGUGCCCCCUCUCUCCGAUGAAGCUACAGACCAAGACCAAAUGCCCCAGGACCUGGACCUAGAUGUGUACAUAGAGAACCUGGAGUGUGAUAUGGAUCAUAUCAUCAGCGACCUAGUGGAUGGGGGCGAAGGCUUGGAUUUCAACUUUGAGCCUGGUUCGGGAGCCCCUAGUUAUCCUAACAACUCACAGCCCUCUGCCCACUCCUGGGUCCCCAGCUAAGUCUGACCAGGUCCGUGGACCAUAGCUGGGAGCUCCUUCCCCUGCCCCCACCCCCAAGAAGGAGCCGAGAAUGUCCCUUUUCCUUCCUACCCUUGGUCCCUCCCCCGGGGACCAGACCCCUCAGGUCCAGGCAUGGGGGACUUAUAGAUGUCCAUCUGCUUUUAAGGGGCUAUCUGAGGGGUGGGAGGGAGGGGGUUAUUCUCACUGUGCCAACAGGGGCUAAGGCCCCCCCUUCCCCCCUCCCAGGAGCCCCCCUCUGCCUCUGUUCCCUUCCCCUGCCCCUCAUAAGAGCGUCCCUGGGCGCUGCCACACACACACUCACCACGCAUAUACACACACACUCCCCCAAAGGCUUUGGGGCUGCUGCCAGGGAAGGCAGUGCUCCUGGGAAUGUGAAGCCGCUAGUGGCCUUACCCCUGCCUUUGGGAGCAGGACCUUUUGUAGAGAGCUUUAUCCAGGAAGACCGGGCCGGGCCGGGCCGGGUGGGCUGAGCUAAGCUAAGCUGGACUAAACUCGUUCCCUCCUUCCCUUGUUCGCUUGCUCCCUCACUCGCUCAGUUGAGCCUGCUAGGCCUCAGCCAGUCAAGGCCUGGGUUUUUUUUUAUGCAGUGACCCCCAAACUGGGGGUGGGUGGGGGCAGGGACAGAGGAGGGCCCAAGCCUGAGCCCUGGAGCAGCCACCAGGCCAAGGCAACCCUUUGGAAAGCUGCAGAUUACCUAAAAGCUUUUUAUAAACUUUUUACGAUAUAUAAACACAAGUAUAGAGAUUUUAACAGAGAGGCAAGGUGCUAGGGAUGGGGGGGCGGGGGAUUGCUUUUCUUUGUGAAGGCUUUAUAAUCGUGACACAAGGCAAACACUACAGAGGGCAGACAGACGAAACAGACAGACAGACACAUCCAGAUGCUAGGGAAGGAGAGUCAAUCCCUGGCAAGUCCCAGGGGAAAGGGGGAAAGGAACUGCGGAAAGAUAGGCCAGCCUGGUUUCCCCAGGGAGAGGCCAAUCCCAGGAAGGCCAUGGGGGCUGGGGGGAGGGGGGGACCUGCGGUGGCUUAGGGAAGGAUCCCCCAUUUGUUUGGAGAAGGGAGGAGCUGAAGUACCCUGGAUCCAGGGCCAGACUUCAGUCCUGGGAGCUCCUGCCUGUGCACUGGGUUCAGUGCUGCCGGCGCUGCUGCUGCCACUGCUGCCGCUGCUGCUGCUGCUGCUGCUGCUGCUGCUGCUGCUGUUGUUGCUGCUGCUCCUGCUCCUGCUCCUGCUCCUGCUCCUGCUCCCACCGCCGCCGCCAACACCACCACCACCACCACCACCACCAAUGACACCACCACCACCAACACCGACAGGGCUAGGGGAUGACUUGGGUGGGCGUCUAGAGCCCUCCCUCCUCAGAGCCUUGGCCAGCUCCUCCCCCAGCUCCCUCAGCACAGUCCCCUGCCCCUCCCUGCUGUGGGUUCCCAUCGUGUCCUGGGUCCUGCCCAGAUUGUGUCAAUGUAUGUUUGUACUAGAUCCAAGUGAGAAAGUGUGUCAAAUGAUUAAAUUAAAUAAAUGGAAACAUAAAUAAAUAAAUAAAUAGAAGCAUAAAGAAAUACCUA